AUGUCAAAUUUGACCCGUGAGGAUAUUUUGGAGGCACUGCCUGAGCGUUACACGAUUGACAACAUCUUGGAACAAGGAGGAUGCGGUCAGGUGGUGAAAUGUUUGACCAAAGACUCGGGUCAGGCUGUGGCCGUCAAGCUGCCGUUUUACGAACAGGACACCGAGAAGGAGAUUGCUCUGCUCGAGGAGCUGAUGGAAGAGAGGAUGGACCAGCGAAACAUCGUCAGGUUCAUUGAGGCGUUUGACACCAGGUUGGGGAGAGCCAUGGUGUUUGAACUGUUGGACAUGAGUUUGUGGGGACUCGUGGACAAUUAUUAUCCUCUGCCUCUGUCGGACAUCUUCAGCAUUGUGCAACAGGUGGCCACAGCGUUGGACGUGCUCAGAGAGCGCUCCAUGGUCCACUCUGACCUGAAGAUGGGCAAUGUGAUGGUGGUGAACCAUACUCAGAGGCCUCUGCACGUCAAACUGAUCGACUUCGGUUCGACCAUCCCCGCAAGCGAGACUGGGAGAUUAUCGACGGUCCACCACGAGAUGUACAGGCCGCCAGAAGUCAUUUUAGGCUCUGGUUGGGACGAAGGCCUGGACGUGUGGUGUCUGGGAGUCAUCAUGUCUCACCUGUGGCUUGGGUUUAAUUUAUUCCCUAAUGUGGAGUAUGAGGCUCUGAGAGUGAUGCACAAACUCCUUGGCCCUCCUCCUGAGCACAUCCUCAAUAAAGGGAGUAAUACAAUGAAGUUUUACUAUCCAGGAGACUAUGGAUGGGAUCUAAGGGUGAAUAUAGUCAGUCUGCAACCAUAUGCAGAAUCCUUUGCUUCCCUCAGAGAUCUUGUCAUGGACGUUAUGGGGGAGGACGAGAACAGAGAACCAGCCAUAGACAACAGAGAACCAGCCAUAGACCUCCUCGAAAAGCUGUUGGACAUGGACAUGAACAAUAGGAUUACUCCCAAACAAAUCCUGAAACAUCCAGCCAUCUGUCAUGAAAAACGCAGUGAGACCAACAAGGCUGAGCUCCAGGAAGCUCCUGCGACCUCUCCCAGGGUCAUUAUGGUGAAACCGGCCUCACCAGAGAACAUCAUUGAAUUACAGGAGGUCGAUGUCGUUCAGAAGGAGAGGAUUCUGAUGUCCAGAGAGAAGGCUCCUAAAACCUGUGAUGUGAUCCAACAGAAGGACAGACGCAGUGAGACCAACAAGGCUGAGCUCCAGGAAGCUCCUGCGACCUCUCCCAGGGUCAUUAUGGUGAAACCGGCCUCACCAGAGAACAUCAUUGAAUUACAGGAGGUCGAUGUCGUUCAGAAGGAGAGGAUUCUGAUGUCCAGAGAGAAGGCUCCUAAAACCUGUGAUGUGAUCCAACAGAAGGACAGACGCAGUGAGACCAACAAGGCUGAGCUCCAGGAAGCUCCUGCGACCUCUCCCAGGGUCAUUAUGGUGAAACCGGCCUCACCAGAGAACAUCAUUGAAUUACAGGAGGUCGAUGUCGUUCAGAAGGAGAGGAUUCUGAUGUCCAGAGAGAAGGCUCCUAAAACCUGUGAUGUGAUCCAACAGAAGGACAGACGCAGUGAGACCAACAAGGCUGAGCUCCAGGAAGCUCCUGCGACCUCUCCCAGGGUCAUUAUGGUGAAACCGGCCUCACCAGAGAACAUCAUUGAAUUACAGGAGGUCGAUGUUGUUCAGAAGGAGAGUCACAAGGUUCUGAUGUCCAGAGAGAAGGCUCAUAGAACCUUUAACGUGACCCAACAGAAGAACAGACGCAGUGGGAGCAGCAGAGCUGAGGUCCAGGAAGCUCCUGUGUCCUCUCACAGGGUCAUUAUGGUGAAAUCGGCCCUACCAGAAAACACCAUACGAAUGCAGGAGGGUGACCACGGAAAGAGUGUGACGAGUGUGGAGCUCCACUCCGCAGAGAGGACCACACAGAUAGACCCUAUCCAGGACCAGCAGCAGAGUGACAGUCGACUUAAUAUGGAGACAAAGGCUAAAGACAGAGAGCCCGCUCUGAUACAGACUCCCACGUCUACUCGCUGUGACGCUGUAGACGAGAGGCUCGAAGACAGGCCUAAAAGGAAAUUUUGGAUAAAGAGAACAGCCAAAGUUCAGCCUCUGAACGACUCCACACUGCCCCCUACUGAAGAUGAUUUUGUCCCAAAGAAGAAGAGGAAAAACAUCUUCAGGAGGGCGUUUUCAUUGCUCAAACGCUGCAGCUGUUUUAAUUAA